UUCUGGAUUUUGAGCUUUUCGGGUUGUUAUUUUUUUAAAAGCUUUCUCCACAACUCCUCAGCGUAGAAACUAGCUUUAAUUGAAUGUGUUUAUUGAAAUGAAAGAUGAGAUGAGAUCUCCCAGCGCCAGCUUUAAGAAAGACACGGACGAAUCAGAGAGGGCCCAGGGGAGAGCAACAAACAAAGAGGGAAGGCUUAAAAACCUGACUUACAGGCAGGAUUGGCAGAAUUCAAUGUUAAUGUUUUUUAUAAUUUCAGUGGAGAAGAUCAAUGUUUAUUUUUAAGUUUCUUUACUUUGAUUGAUUUAAAUGUUCACACUUGUGGGAAAUUAUAUGACACUUGGGUGGGGGGAGACAGACAAUUAUUUAAUGACAGUAGACACUGAGAUUUAAAAAGUUCAAGUUUUAUAACCUUUAAAACACCAAUUGUCAAUAUCACAUGUCAAAAUAUUACAGCUAAAUAGCCUCAAAUCCAAGUCCAAGAAGUUCUGGAGCAGGAUUUCUCUUACUUUGUCUAGCUGUAUAUUUCAGUUACUAUCAGUGGAAAUGCUUUUUAGUCAGUUUGUCUGUGUGUGUGGUGAAAUCAAUCUUUAUUGACAUUUACUGAUACAAAUCAAAUCCUUUUCAACCUACUUAUGAUGCAACCUCAUCAUACCAUCCCCUCCAUAAACUUAUCAAGCUCAGUCUUGAAGCCAGUAAAGGGUCCUUUGCUGCAUUUUACCUCUCAUGGAACUGGCCUUCUGGAAACCCUUUAUAAACCCAGAGAGGAAAUUGUCCAGUUUGAACCAUCGGCCCCCUAAACCUCCUCCUCUCCCAUCCUCUGCUGCUGUAUGUGCUGAUACACAGGUAUUUUGCAUUUCAAACCAGAUGGCGUUAAAGGCAACACCCUGAUUUAUAUUGGCGGUGUGCCCAGCAUUUGCGAACUGCUCUCUGCCUGUGAGUCCUUUGAGGAGAUCAUUGUCACAAACCAUAUGGAUCAGAACUGCCAGGAACUGCAGAAAUGGCUAAAGAAAGAGCCGGGAGCAUUUGACUGGACUCCGCUGGUGAAAUACGUGUGUGAGCUGGAAGGGGACAGGAAAAAGUGGGCUGAGAAGGAAGAGAAAUUACGAAGAACGGUCAAGCAGGUUCUGGAAUGUGCUGUCACCAAAUUCAACCCUGUGACCUUUGCCUCUCUGCCCCCUGCUGACUGCCUCCUCAUAUGCCAUUGUUUAGCAGAAACUUGCAAAGACCUGAGUACCUACCGAGCUGCCCUGAAGAAUUUCAGCUCCCUGUUAAAGCCAGGGGGUCAUUUGCUGAUGGUGACCACAAUGAAGUGUAAUUACUAUAUGGUUGGCCAACACAAGUUUCCCUGCCUCUUUCUGGAGAAGGAGUUUUUGGAGGAAGCAGUGAAGGAGGCCGGUUAUGAUAUUUUGAAGUUUGAGGUGACUCCCAUAUGCCAUACAGCUAGUUUGGUAGAGCAUGAGGGUCUCUCUUACCUAGUUGCUUCCAAAGGGAAGGGCAAAGAAGAUUAAAAAGAAAAUACAUCAGCCCAAGGCAAAUAGAGAGGCAGAAUAGAUUAGCUGUAGAUGCUGGUAGACCUGAAAAUCAAUGUGCGCUAUAGAGCUUUGAUGACCUCCAAGCACCUUGGAGAACCUGUUUGUUCAGGAUGCACUAGCUUGAACCCCUUGUUGUGCCACUAAAGCUGCCCUCACCUCUGUCCUUUCCCAUUCAGAGCUGCCAUAAUGUCUCCCUGGCCUCCAACCCCACUGUGCUUCAUCCAGUGCAGCUGCACCCUACCGUGCUUCAUCCUCUCCCUGCUCUUGCCAUGUUUUGCCUAGUCUCAUGCUGCAGCUGUGCAAUUAAUGAUAAUUACAUAAUGAAUCAUAUAAAGUCCUUCUCACUGCUAAUGGACUGGAGCCUGCUCCCAGUAGCAGGGGCGGCUCUAUAAAUUACG